CAAAAUUGCAAUGGCGGCGUUUUAAUAAAAAUAUUUUUGUCGUGGUUUACAAAUUCAGUUUUUAUUGAUAUUGUGGUUUUCAAUAACCAAAUUUAACCUCUAUUAUCCCAUAUUGAUUACGGACAAACAAAAGAAUUAUUUUAAGGAUCAAUGUGAAGAUGUCGUGGCCAAUGUUACUUGAUAUGUCAAGAGAUGAUUGUAAGAGAGUGUUGAGACGACUUGAACUUGAAGGUUACUCGGCCGUUCUCUCAGCUUUUAGAGCCCAGGGAGAUCUGACGAAAGAAAAGAAAAAAAUACUUCUUGAUCUACAAAACAUUUUAAGUAUUUCAACAGAGAGACAUAGAGCUGAAGUCCGACGAGCCGUGAAUGAUGAAAAGUUUGCUACAAUAGCUCACAAUAUAGCAGGGUCUAACACAACGUCAGAAUGGUUGAUAGAGGGCCGAAGAUUGAUACCAUUGAUGCCACGUCUUGUACCACAGACAGCAUUUACUGUUACAGCCAAUCAGGUGGCUAAUGCUCAGGCAGAGAAAAAUGCGAUGUUACCAAUGCCUAAGAAUACAGCUGGUCGAGAUGUACCACCACCACCAAUGUAUUCUAGCAGUAUGUCAUCAGUAGGGACAUCAACAUCUAAAUUAUCUCGUCCAGCCAGUCCUACUUCUAAUGUGGUAGUUCUACCAAGUGGUGCAUCAAUCCAUAUUAAAGGAGUUUUACAUCCAGAUGAUGAGGAAGAAUUACAGACUAGAAAACGACGACGAAGCCAAUCCUCUGACACAAUGAAUCUCUCGUCUGUGUCAACGCAGACACCACGAAUAGCAUACAGUUCAACACCGCAAUCUUCCCAUAAUACCAUGUCUCCCGUUAAAAUUACCAUCAGUAAGAGUCCCCAAGGGCGUGGCAUACCUUCAACUUCACAUUCACAACCACCAAAGGUUAUUCUUGUAACAAGUUCAGGACAGUCCAUGACCCCAACAGUUUUACAUAAAUCAGUAUCCGUACCAAUAGUACGUGCUUCUACGGCCACGUCAACAGCUCUAGCCAGUAUGACGCGUGGUUCUAUUAUGAUGCCUAGUAGUCCGCCUGUAUCAAUAUCAUCGCCUAACAUCGUCACAGUUUCAUCGCAUGCAUUUACAUCACCAACAACAACAAUAUCGACACAUUCCCCUUUAAUGGGUUCACCACCAUCAUUUAGUCCUACACUAGCCGGUAAACCAAGAUUUAGAACAAUACCACGACAGAGAUUUCCUACACAACAUAAACCUGGAGUAGUUAUACCAAUGACAUCACAACCUGUUCAUCCAUCACCCCAGUCAUUACAGAAUAUACAAGUUAAAACAUUGUCUAAACCUACAAUACAGAUAAAACAAGAUGGCGGUAUGAAGAUUAUUACACAGAGUAUCCAAGGUACAACUAGUAAAAUAUUACCUAAACCAUCACAUUUAUCUAGUACCACCUCUACAGGUACACCGGUUGUAGUCGUUAAUACUGGAUCAGGUUCACAGACGUCAAAAGUAUUGAAUAUUUCAACACCUGGUGGCCGUGUAAUCACAACAACAAAGCCAAAUGUAGUUACUGUCAAUCCUAAAACAUUACAUUUAACGGCAGUAAAAACAGCAGGUGGCACCACAGUAUCGAAACCAAAUGUUAUUGUUGUCCAGAAAACUCAACAACGCCGUCCCCAUACUCCUACCAUGAUAUCUAAAUCAUCCUCUACAGUUCUCGCUAAUCCUACAGCUUUUGAAAAGGAAUUGGUUACAUUUAUACAGAAACAGGAAGGAAACCCAGGGGUUAAUAUUAGCCAAUCAACAUCAACCUUACCCUCAGGUAAAAUAGGUGAACGUAAAGUUAUCAUAACAACAGCAUCUACAGGCGGACAGAGUAAACUGGGUGGGGCUGCGGUACCCAGAAAUAAAGCCGAGAGUGAAGGUCGUACCUCGUCGUUAUUAGCUGAAUUAAUACAAGCUGCUGGUAUAGUACCUGAUACAGUUACUGAUUCAUCACCAGGACAAGUGGUCAAUACGGUUGGUGGUAACGAAUGGUUUGAAUAUGAUGUAACAGAAGAACAGGCCCAGGCUCUCGCAGCUAGCGGAACAACCGAUCAGGCUACUCUACAGGCCAUAUUAGGAAUGUCAUCUGCUCAACAGACGCAAGCUGAAAUAGAGGACAAGCCUGCUGAUAAUCAUAGUAAUGAGGUUUUAGAAUUAGAUCAAACAACUGAACAACCAGAAGAAACAUCUACAUCAGAACAUUAUUAUACUCUUGAACAAGCUAUGUCGUUGAUAGAACAAACGAACCCUGCUUCAGUCAGUGUGACCAGUAGUGCAACUAGAGAAAUAAAACCACAGUAUACUAUAGCAACACAACCACAACUCAAGGAGAAAGUUGAAUCCACGAUGCCAACCACCCCACCACCAACCCCAGCUGUUAUAGUGGAGAGAAAUGUCCCGAUUGAUUUACCAGAGAUAUUGAAAGAUAACGAGGAGAGAAGGGAUGAAACGUUUAAAACAACUGAACACCAAGAAGAUCCGCCAUUACAAGAACCUCCCUUACAGCCUCAAACACCUCAAUUUGUCGGAGAACUAGAUCCAGAGACGGGGCUAUUUUACACCGAACCCAAACCCAAGACAAGUGCUGAGUUAGAUUUAAUACGAAGUUCACUGGAAGAGGCUAAUAUUGAUCUAGGUACAUUUCAGUAUGUUAUGGAUCCUGUUACGAAUAAAUUAGUGAGAAGGGGAGGUAACUUUGGGUCAUCAUACGGAACAACGAUUGACUUAACAGAAGAUGAUGAUCAAGAACCGGUCGUCGAACGUUCAGGUGGUGCAGGAGGUGAAGGUAGAGAAGCAGACGUUAUUAUACCUCUACAUGAUAUAGAGAAUCUGGUGACGACAGACAGUAAAAAAUCAGGUUUACAACCAGUACAGGCCAAUAAACCAUCAUCAGUUACCAUCCUCACAGAGACAGCAGAGGUAAUAUGUAACUAUGGCGCUGGUGACACGCCUAGUAUACCGGUUGCUAUGGAUGAUACAGAUCGCAACGUGAUGGUACGAUUAGAACCGAGUGGUGGAGACUCCCUACCUCUCAAACUAACAAAAUUUACCCCGCUAUCGGAAGAAAAAGAAGGUGUUGGUUCAGGAGGGGACAUAACUCCUAGAAUAAUUUUAGAAUCUCGAGAUCCUAUAGAAGAGAGUUAUCUAUUGGCAGCUAGUCAGUCUCUUGGUAGCCAUGGAAGUAGUUCUGAUAGUCAAGGGGAAGCUGAUCCAACACGAAGUAGUAAGAGAAAACGUAAAUUACCUGUUACUGUAGAUGAAAGUCAUUCACCAACAUCUUCAACAUCAUCAGUAUCAUCUGUAUCACAAGCUGGUUGGGUUCGAUCAGCUGCUGGAUUAUUACAGAAAGUAUCCAAAUAUCGUGGAGUGAAUCGUGAGAAAGGAGAAUUAAAUGCUGCAGCUUGGUUUACACAACCAGUUGAUCCUGUAGAUGCACCUGAUUAUUAUAAUAUAAUUAAAACACCCAUGGAUUUCGGCACCAUUAAAAAAAAAUUAGAGUCUGGUGUUUAUAAAGAAUUUGAAGAUUUUCAUGCUGAUAUGACGUUAGUUAAAGAUAAUUGUUUCCUCUACAAUCCACCAACUAGUCCUGUACGUGGGGAUUGUAAUGACGUUUUUAAUUAUUAUCAAGCAGAGGCUGAUAAACUGAUAGAAAAAUGGCAAAAGAGUCACAUUGGGUCACCAUCCAAGAAGACUCGAAUCGACAAAAGUCCAGGAAAAUCGUAGUCCUUAUUAAUUAACAAAUAUCUCAUCUUGUAUAUUCAUCGCAAUCAUUUCAACCCAUCGUAUGAUAUUAUUAUUUUGUGCCAUUUACAUUUAUUAGUUUCAAUCAUGCCAGCCCAAAUUGUCUCCACUUGACUACUUUUAAUUGGAGGGUUGGGUGGACAAAUGGUUAACAUGUGUUCGUUGGAUCAGACGGUAUGUCAUUGAGUCAAGUGGCGUGGUUUCGAUACCCCACUUGUACAUGACAAGGAGUAGCGUCGCCUGUCCAACCGCAUGGGUGGUUCCCAGGUUCUCCAGUUGCUCACACUUCUAAAGACCCCCUACCCGAAAGCAAAUUAUUGAAAAAGAAAUGACCUAGUUUUUGUUGAGAGGAGUUAAACAUCUCUCUCUCUCUCUCUCUCUCAUAAUUUCGAUUUUCGCUUGUACGUGACAAGGAGUAGGGUCACCUGUCCAACUACUGCUAAAGACCCCUACGCACAAGCGAAUUAUUGAAAUCAAAUUUAACAAUAUGUUAGUCUCGAAAUGACCUAGUUUGUGUGAGUGGAUUAAACUGGAUUCCUCUCUCUCUCUCUCUCUCUCUCUCUCUCCCACCACCUCUCAUAAAGACAUGUAAAUUAUUGAAGUAUACCAUGUGCUUGUGCAGAAUGAACUGUCCAAUUGAUGACCUAAUUAAGACAGAAGGAUUAUUUAUAUCUUUAAAGCAUCUCUCCAUGAAUUUUAUUAAUUGUAUAUAUGUAUAUCUUAUAGAUAUCCUGCAUGUAUUGUAUAUUAUUUAUAGUGUAUCAUCACACAGUAUUCUCUAAAUUCAGUAAAUAUUGGGUUACUGUACUAUCUAGAUUCAGGGGCCUGGCAAGGAACACUGUCUUCGGAUUUGAGAAAAUAAUGAGGUCCUGUGUACACGUUGGUAUCCCUUGGUAGUUGGAAUUCGAUAUAAGAGUAGGCUGUAAUGCCACUGUCCGGGCAAAAUUUCCUUAUCACACUUUAUAGUGUAUGCCCGUCUUUAUUAGCCCAGCCGGAGCAAUACAGUGG